CGACGCCAUCGGGGGGUUUAUGGCCACGAUUUCGAUGACGUCAACAAUGGAGGGAGAGGUGGCGGGAAAGUCACUGUACACGCGUGACGAAGCGAGCUUCCGCGCUGACGUGGAAGCUCGACUGCGGCAAGCGUUCGAAGCAAGCACUGCGCAAGGGCUCAAAUCCCGCGUCGGAUCGGGUUCUCUCUCUUCUUUUUCUCCUCCUCCUCCUCCUCCUCCUCCUCCUCCUCCUCCUCCUCCUUGUACUUCCACUUCUCUCUCUUCCUCUCCUCCUCCUCCUCCUCCUCCUCCUUCUUCUUCUUCUUCUCCUUCUUCUUCUUCUUCUUCUUCUUCUUGCUGUGGGACUUCUAGUACCUAUCCUUCAGAGAGUUCCAGUUCCUGGAACUCCAUGGUCACUAAAAGGAAUGGUAGGGUGAUGCUGGUCCCAUUAGAGGAGAUGCUAAUUUGUCAAACGGGGAGCCGUUUGAUCUGUUCCCAGUGUUCACUAGAGUUGUUUGCCGGAGAAGCGGCUCGCCUCUGCAUCGCCUGCGGGACCAGAUUAGGAGCAGGAGUAGGAGGAACUGGACCAGGAACGGGUCUAAAAACAGGACCAGGAACAGGACUAAAAACAGGACCAGGAGCAGGAGGGCCAGGAACAGGACCAGGAGCAGGAGGGCCAGGAACGGCAUCGGGAACAGGGCCAGGAACAGGAUCAGCAACAGGACCAGGAGCAGGAUCAAGAUCAGGACCAGGAGCAGGAAAAAAUGCGAAAUGGAAUAAACAAGCGACAGAGGGGCGAUUCCGGAGAUCCUUGAACAGACCGCGAGAGAGAGGGAAGGAGGAGGAGGCUCAACAACGACCACUUGAGCCGGUGGUGAAAGGGCCGCCAAUCGUGUUGGAAGGUGACUCAGCAGGCAAGGUUGAGACUGAGAUAUCCGCCUCAGGGGUAACACAAGACGAUCAGAAUGCUUCACAGAAUCUUGAUGGGCUGUCAUCAAGGCCAUCGGAUGCUGACGAGGAAUGGAGUGGAUUUCACAGGAUGGAUUUGGAAGAUGUGACCAAUUUCAUCAUGGAGGAGGGAAGGGCCUUCUGGGCAGCUAGGUCGGUGGUGUCGGACAGAGUUAUGGAAGCUGAAGGUUCGGCCAGUGGGACAGGACGCGAGCAGACUACUCUUUUGGAUGGCAGCGUCCCGCAAUCUGUGUCUUCGAGUGCCAAGAUGGGAGAAGAACCUUCGCUGGCCGUGCUUUCUUUAUUCGAAGAGAUGAGCGAGGAGUUCUCAUUCAUAACUGCCUCACCGAUUGCAACUGCCGCUGUCGAUGAUGAUUUCCCAGAACUUCAGCACGGCGGGCGCAAGGUGGAAGAACUUGUUAGCACUCUAACUUCUCCUAAGGAAGCAGGUGGUGCCACUUCGGCGAUCGGCAUCGACAAUUUGUCGAAUGGGGCCAACAACAACUGGGCACCGGAAUGGCCGUCUCUCGAUAAACCCAGCUAAAGGGACCUCAGUUGAGAGCGUCGAACCUGGUCAUCCUCGUCGUUGCGGCCCAUGUCAGCGAAACCCAACCCGUGUGGUUGCAAUCCUCGCGCCUACACUCAGAGCACCGUGUCUUUGUGGCCAGGGGUCAUCGUAAGCUCAUUAUAUUAUGUGGAAAAAAGUUCAAAAAACAAUACAGAAUAAGGCUUCCCCGACCCAUAUCCCAACAUUCAGGGAUUGAGUGGGUCGGCGGGAAGUGGAUGAACUCUUCAUGGUGCAGGGGGAAGAUGCUAGCAAUGGCACGACCACUUGUUGCUGGUCUAACUCAAGGCGGACUCAAGGCUGAAGAAGCAUAUCCCCCACACACUCCAAAAGACUCUUCCAGGAAGGGCAGCAGACGGGGCUACAUCAGUUUCAACAAAUAGAGCUCAAGUAG